CUGCAUUUGAUCAGAAGACAAAUGAUGAAUUAUCGAACAAGACUGAGACCAUUUCAAUUUUUGCAAAGUCCUUGUGGGUAGCGGUGUGCGCCCACACAUCAGAUUACAACCGCCGCCCGUCAUCUUGACAUAUUGCACCCGACCUGGGGACUCUGAUCCCCCUUCGAUUAUUUUGCCUGUCCGCAGGCCUAGACUCUGCUUGCUAGCAAAGCAGAUCUCCUUGUCUGAUUCUCGCCGCGUCGUCUAGCCGGCGCCUGUCAGCAUGAUUCCUCGAAGCUGCCACCAACUCCUGGGUCGAGGCAUAAUAGCGGUACUCCCGCCAUUUAACUUCCUCACGCUUCACUACGCCUACUUUCUCGCGACGCCGUUGAUUUGCAGCGUCAUCUUCUGGGGUUCCUCCACUCCAUCGCGCAGCCUUGGCUAUGUCGACUCUUUAUUCAUGUGUGUCAGCGCCAUGACGGGUGCUGGCUUGAACACCGUCGACCUGUCUGCUCUGAAUUCAUUCCAACAGGCUAUCCUCUUCGCGCUCCUCUUUCUGGGACACGCUAUUCUCAUUUCCAUCACGGUGCUCUUUGUCAGGAGGAGUGCUUUCCAAGCCAAGUUCAAAGGCAUCUCAAUUGAGCGGGCACGGAAAAGGCUAUCUCUCCACAUGCCUGGGCAUGGCAUUCCCCUCGACUCGAUCAACGAAAACGUGAUUGUCGAAGAGCACCAGCCAGCCAAAUCCGAUGAUGUUGGCCAUGAUGGUAAGGGCAGCGGGACAGCGGAAGUCACAGCGACUGAAUCCAACGGCGAGCUCCUAAAUGAUGACCCUAGCCAAUGGGCCGAGGACGACCAAGUCACUCUUAGCCAUAUGAGGGCACGUCAACAUCAUCGCCACCGAGUUUUCCCUAUGGUAGGCGUUGGAGCUCGACCGGACUUGAACAACCACCCCCGGGAUGUGGCGCCGAGAUUGCCUCAGGCUGAUGAAGACGAGUUGCCCGCAUUCAAGGGCUUCAUUAAAGGAACGCAAAAGUACUUUGCAUCCAAAGGAUUCAUUGCGCGAAACUCUCAGUUUCAUGGACUUACUCCCGAAGAGCGGGACAAGUUGGGAGGUGUGGAGUACAAGGCGAUUACCUUCCUGCUGGUUAUUGUUACCCUCUACUGGGUGCUAUUUGUCCUGUGUGGCAUCAUUGGCAUGGGAACCUGGCUGGCAGUCAACCAUCCCGAUAUUGCUCGAAAGAAUGGCCUGUCGCCCUUUUGGACAGGCGCGUUUUUCGCUGUUUCCGCGUUUGUGAACAGCGGCAUGUCGCUCUUGGAUGCAAAUAUGGCUGCGUUCCAAACAAAUGCAUACCCGUUACUUACCAUGUCAUUGCUCAUCCUGGCUGGCAACACGCUCUACCCUUGCUUUCUCCGGUUUAUUAUCUGGGGUUUGAGGUGCUGUGUCCCAAACUCGCCGUCAUGGGCAUCGUGGAAAGUAACUUUCGACUUCAUUCUUGACCAUCCUAGAAGAGUGUACACAAACCUUUUCCCAAAGAGGCACACAUGGUACCUGCUUGGUACCAUCAUUAUCCUGAAUGCGAUUGAUUGGGCUGGCUUUGAAGUCCUCUCUCUCGGGCUCAAAGAAAUCGAAGACCUGCCAAAAGGCUACCGAGUCCUAGACGGCUUGUUUCAAGCUAGCGCCGUACGUUCCGGAGGCUUCUACGUCGUUACGAUUUCCGACCUUCGUCAAGGUCUGCUGGUCCUCUAUGUUCUCAUGAUGUAUGUCUCAGCAUACCCCGUCCUAGUCGCCAUGAGAAACACAAACGUCUACGAAGAGCGCUCCCUGGGCAUCUACGCGCACGACAACACAGACGACGAGCAAGACGGCCAAUCCUCCCCCAACAUGUUCAUCCAACUAGUCCGACACCACAUCCUCCGACGCCAGGACGUAUCCACCCCCGAAGCCUCUCGCAGCUACUUCGUGCACCAGCAACUCCGCUCCCAGCUGAGCCACGACCUCUGGUGGAUUGCCCUCGCCGUCCUCCUCAUCGCCAUCGCCGAAUCAUCCAACUUCAGCCGCAUGCCUGUCGCCUACUCGACCUUCAACAUCAUCUUCGAAGUCGUCUCCGCCUACGGCUGCGUCGGCAUCAGCGUCGGCUUCCCGGGCUCCAACGCCUCCUUCUGUAGCGCUUGGCACCCCAUCAGCAAGCUUAUUCUUGCGGCUGUUACCCUAAGAGGACGUCACCGCGGCCUUCCCGUCGCGAUCGAUCGCGCUGUCAUGUUGCCCAGUGAGUCUCUCGAGUGGGCGGAGGAGGAAGAUGCCGCUAUGAGACGCGAGCAGUCGCGCGCUUGGGGGUGUGAUAAGAUGCCUGUUGGGUCUGUCUAGAUCUUGGCCUUAAAAUGCCGUGAGAAGAGUGAGAGACUUAGCAUGCUCGCUAUCAUUUGCGGAAUAGAAGCGGUGGGUAGGUGGCAUAGCGUCGUCGACAAAAAGUGCUUUCCUGUUAUCCUGGACUUUUCACUAUGCUUUCCUUUGCUUUGGUUUCCUUCGCUGUUCUUUUCUUCGCAGGACCAUUCAUACACGACGGUCCAAUUGCGUUUUGAGUUUCUUUUCGUCUCUUUUUUCUUCCUCCUGAUUUCGAGUUAUAGACUUUCCAUAUACAUAGACCAAUUACAUGCAAGACCUACAGA